AUGGCGAAUUUCUGCUUCUUUGCUCUCAUUGCUCUCCUCUCCGUGCACCUCGCGUUGUCCGCAGAUCCGCCUCAGAUCUCGCCCUCCCCUGCUCCCGAGUUCGCCGCCGACUCCACUACCACCAUCUCCCCUUCAAAGCCCGCUCCUGCCAAUGCGCCUCACAGCCCGAUCUCAUCCCCGCCGUCGCCGCCUCCCUCGGAUGCGGCUCCCGUCUCUUCCCCGUCCACAUCCCCCUCCCCUCCAUCUCAAUCUCCGUCCAAGCACUCUGCUCCUUCCCCAUCGCCGGCCAGUCCAAGCGACGUUAACCACAGCAACGUGAUCUCCGACGCGGACACCGACUCCGGCGGCUCUUCCGGCGGGAUGAGCGCCGGCAAGAAGCUAGGUAUCACCGUGGCGGUGAUCGUCGGGGCCGGCCUCGUCGUGCUCGGCGGGUUGAUCUACAAGAGGAGGCAGGACAACAUCCGGCGGUCGCAGUACAGUUACGCGGCGAGGAGGGAGAUCCUCUAG